UUUUUGGCGCCAGUGAGUCGUACAGUGACAGGCGCUUUAAUAUGACGCCAGUGGUCCAAACAGCUGAUCCUGGCGCGUCAACUAUGCGCCGCGCCUUGUCAAUACAGCACGAGUUUCACCUUGUUGUGGACGCGCAGACACUUUAUUGACACAACAACGACGACGAGACGAAGGACGACAUGCCGAAAUAUUGCGCGGUGCCCAACUGUAAAAAUGACUCAGCGGGCGGCAGCGACCGGAAAAGUUUCUACAAGUUCCCCCUGCAGGACCCUGAGCGGCUGCAGCUGUGGCUGAGCAACAUGGGACGGGAGAACUGGACUCCCUCACGACACCAGUACAUCUGCCACGAGCACUUUGCGGCGCCGUGCUUCAAAGUACGUUGGGGGAUCCGUUACCUCGAGAGUGACGCCGUGCCCACCGUCUUCCGGAAAGCCGAGAAACGCAAAGUGAUGGAUGGUACUCAGAAGAAAGUGAAAGUGUUUUGCCCAAACACUAAUCCAAGUCUUGCACCAUCAGUGGACAGAACGGUAGAACAAGUUGACUCGUCACAGAUGCAUGGGAUCAACCUGAGGGAGUCGGGGGAGGGUCCAGAAUCCAAGCAGUGGGCUGUGGUCAUGGGUUCAAAUACCGCAAACCUGUCUUUGACGGUAAUGCACUCGGUCAAUGAUCACGGCGACGGCGAGGUGGUGGUUCUGUCUUGUGACGGCCAGGAGGAGCUGCUGGGCGAGAGCGCCGUCACUGUUCCCACCUCCGCCCACAGACUUGUUUUCAGAGACCCAACAACGGAAGAAAUCCCCACGGCGGAGUCAUGCCACGUCCAGCAAGACCACGAAACGCAGGUCAUCGCUUACUUUGAGACCAUACCCAAUGUCCUCCCCAGCGACGUGUGCGCCCAUCUGCUGGUCUCCCAGGACAUGGUGCUUUCGUCCGCCCUGAGCCCCGAGCCCAUCACAUCCACUCUACCUAUCGUGUCCAAACACGCGAUGAUGCCGUUGCUUUCCCGCAACUUUGGGGCAGAUGGAGGCUACAACCAGCAGGAUGCCGCCGUCACACGGGGACAAGACCACCAGCUGGAGGAGCACUGCUACCACAAGCACCAUCUGAGCAAAAAGCAGCUGGAGGCCAUCGUGGCCGAGCUGCAGAAGAAGGUGAAAGUUCUGCAGCAGCGGCACCGGCGCCACCUGGAGAAGCUUCUAGGCCUUGAGGUGACGGUGAGCCAGCUGAGGCAAAGCAACCUGCUGACUGAAGAGCGACUGCAGCUGCUGGAGAGGGCGUACAUACAGACCAGCGCCAGCGAGACUGUGGCCAUCAUCUACGAGGAAGACGAGGCGGCCUAUUUUUACACUCUGAACGGCGGCGAGGAGAAGCUGUGAAGGUCUCCACACUCAGGGGCCAAAGAAAGACAAACACUACUGUUAUUUUUGUAAUAAUCGUUUGAAACGCGGGUGUGGCUUGAUAAACUGUGAUAUUUGCACACUUCUGGAUGAUAACUGGGGACAAUAUUGAAUGUCUUUUUUUAAGUUUUCACUCUUUCAUCGCAGCCAUCUUUUUGUUUCAGCUGAAAUCCAAUUAAAAUAUAACGCUCA